AUGGCCUCGAAGGAUAUCUGGUCCUUGAUCUCCACUGUGGAGGAUCCAGUGAAGAAGCCGAAAGCAGCGGAAGGUGCAGAAAGUGAUGCAGUCGAGAAACCCACAACUUCUCCAGCACCGGAGGAACGUGACACCUUCACGCUGAUUGUCGGUCCUCGCGGAUCAGGUAAAACCUCUCUGACAGCCAAUUUCCGGAAUUCGUCCAAAGCCGAGGAGAUCAAACCAACCACAGCGUUAGACUACGUUUUCGUUCGACUGCGUACAGGUGGGCGGCCGUCAGUAGCGCACAUGUGGGAAUUAGCAAGUACCAAGUGCGUAAACGAAUUGAUCAAAGUGCCGCUAGGACCGGAGCGUAUCUUGAAUGGCGCGUUGGUGAUAGUCUUGGAUCUGUCGACCCCUGGAGACGUCGUUCCAGCCUUAGUGAAGUGGCUAACCACACUGUACACGGCUGUACAGGAGGUUUUGAAGGCGAAAGAGAAGAAUCCCGUCGAGAAAAUCGCAGUUGAUACACUCAAACGCGACGCCAUGGCAAGUUAUGGCAAUGGCCAUCCAGACAAGGACGAAGUCACCCCAUUACCUUUGCCAGUGCUGGUAGUAGGCAACAAGUACGAAACGUUUCGAGACGAGGACUCAAUCAAGCGCAAAGGAGUGACUCAGGCAGUAAGGUAUCUCUCACAUAUGUACGGGGCCAGCGUCUUGUUUACCAGUAUGAAGGACAAGAACCUUGUCACGCAAUUUCGGUCCGUCAUGAAAGGCUUUGCAUUCCGAGCUAUGGCUCGAGGUGCCAGUAAAGAAGUCGACCCAGCCAAACCGCUUUUCGUACCUGCUGGAGCUGAUCUUUUCGAGGAUAUCGGUGUUCCAAAGAGCGCUGCGUGGCGCCAAGACCGAUUCGGGAAAGAUCAGCACGAAGAGAAAGCACGGCAAUGGAUUAAAAUCUCAAGCGAAUACUAUUCUCCAUCAGUUGAUAUAGCUGAAAGCCUACUUACGCAGAAGGAAGGAGGCGAGCAAGACGAUAAAGACGCAGAAGAGUCAUCCAGCCAAUUCCCUGAACCAAAUAUCGAUCGUGCGCGGCAGCAAAAACGAGAGGAGCUGCGUCGAUACCGCGACAAUCGCCGGAAAGCACAAGAGCGCAAGUCCCGCGGUGCGUGA